GGCGGGGCGGGCUGGAAGCUUCCACGGCGCCGCGCGGCGGUUGGGCAGGGAAGCGAGCGGGAUUUGGUUGCUGCUGCCGCUGCUCCUUCUCUACCAUGGACGCCCGCAAGCUGAGCGAGCUGCGGGCCUUCGUCAGGCUCUGCAAGCAGAACCCGGCCCUGCUGCACACCGAGGAGCUGGCUUUCCUCCGCGAGUGGGUGGAGAGCAUGGGAGGCACAAUACCGCCUGCUCCAGCCAAUGCCUCCGCAGAGGAGACAAGUAAGGGCAAAGCAGAGGAACAGCCAGAGGAGCCAGCUAAAUCACCUGAACCAGAAAGUGAAGAGAGUGACUUAGAAAUUGACAAUGAGGGAGUGAUUGAACCAGACAAUGAUGACCCUCAAGAAAUGGGAGAUGAAAAUGUGGAGGUAACUGAAGAGAUGAUGGAUCAAGCUAAUGAGAAGAAGAUUGAAGCAAUAAAUGCUCUAAGUGAAGGUGAACUUCAGAAGGCUGUCGACUUGUUCACAGAUGCUAUCAAGCUGAAUCCUUGUUUGGCUAUCUUGUACGCCAAGAGGGCAAGUGUUUUUGUGAAACUACAGAAGCCGAAUGCUGCCAUUAGGGAUUGUGACAGAGCCAUCAAGAUUAAUCCUGACUCAGCACAGACCUACAAAUGGAGGGGGAAAGCACACAGACUUCUGGGUCACUGGGAGGAGGCCGCUCACGAUCUUGCAUUAGCUUGUAAACUGGAUUAUGAUGAAGAUGCUAGUGCCAUGCUGAAGGAGGUGCAACCAAGAGCUCAGAAAAUUGCUGAACAUCGCCGAAAAUAUGAGCGGAAACGUGAAGAAAAAGAAAUCAAGGAAAGAAUGGAAAGAGUGAAGAAGGCACGGGAAGAGCAUGAGAGAGCACAAAGGGAGGAAGAAGCAAGACGACAGGCAGGAGGAGCUCAGUUUGGUGGCUUCCCAGGUGGCUUCCCAGGUGGAUUUCCUGGGGCUAUGCCUGGAGGUAUGCCAGGAAUGGCAGGUAUGCCAGGUCUCAAUGAGAUUCUCAGUGAUCCAGAAGUCCUUGCAGCCAUGCAGGAUCCAGAAGUUAUGGUUGCGUUCCAAGACGUUGCCCAGAACCCAGCAAAUAUGUCCAAGUACCAGAACAAUCCCAAGGUCAUGAAUCUCAUCAGUAAAUUGUCUGCCAAAUUUGGCAGUAAACCAUAAAAUCCCUGGUUCCUAAAAAUCAUAUCUGAACGGGAAGGAUUGGAUUUGGCUAUCCAGUGUUGCAAUAAAACAAACCAUUGUACCUCCGAUCUUCUUAAGCAGAGAAACGGGGUGUUCAAAGGAGAGCUGCUCUCUAGCCCCAAGCGUUGACUUUAUUCAGUGAUUGGUUUAUAGCAUUCAAAUUAUAUUCAGAUGACCUAGUUUAAACCAUCUCUCCUUGUCCAAGAGUUGCAACCUUUUAUUGUAAGUAUUACAGACAGUUUCCUGGGAAUGAAAGCUCCUGUAAGAAAUUGUAAUAUUCCAGGAGUGUAAGAUAAAAACCUGCUGUUGUGUUAUUUUGGACUUACUUUUUUAAAUUGCUCUCAGUGAGCAGAGAGGAUGGAACUUUAACAGUUGAAAUCUGUCUUAAUCCCCUUAGGACAGAAGUGUUAGCCUAGUCACAGAUAGCAAAGGUGGGACAAGUCUGAAGAAUUAACUGGAUAAGGGAAUUGUCUGCAAAUACAAGUCCUUAAGUUUUUGGGUUUUUUUUCAAUGGGUUACUGACUUUAUAUAGCUAUCAAAAUUAUCAGUAUAACCAUGCUAGCUAGUUACACACUGGAACUUUUGGCAGUACUACAAAUAAUGUAAUAUUUUGAUCACCACAACUGUGCAGCAAAGGUACAGUCGUAUCCUUUGCACAACCUGGCAUGAAGUACAUAUUGCAGAGGCCACAGAGGUUUUGUUACUUGCUCCAUUCUUGUCCGGCACCUUAACGUAACAUUUUAUUUAUCAGUCUGGGUAUGGGAGAGCAGCUUCUGUCUGUGCUUGUGCUCUUGUCCCUUCCCACUUGGCAGGUCCUCCGCUGGUUGCAGUCGCCCUUCCUUGGGGCCAUGCUUACCAGGUUUCAUCUAUUUGGAAACUUUAGGGAAGGAAUCUUGUUCCCAUCACUACCUCUGUCCUACUGAAUGCAAGCCAUCCAGAACAUGUAAAUGCAGAGUUAUAAAUCAGUGAAGGGGAGAAUACCCAACAAAAUUGCAGCUCUGUGUUCUGAGUCCCUACAUGCUUACUGAUUAAAAUUUCUUGGCCAAAGUCCUGCUCUCUCUUUAGAGGUGAUGACUCUUCUUCACCGCAUACUGUAGUCUUCCAUCUUUUCUUGUAUCAUUUUCUUUAAAAGAAAAACAAAAACCACACAAAAAACCCAAACAAAACCCCCAAAACAAAACAAAAAGCUGUUGUGGUUUCAUACUUCCAUGUUUUUGAAGCUUGUGAUACGGAGGAAAAGGUGAAGUAAUUGGAUCAGACAGAACGUUCUUCUAAUACUUGUGGAUUAACAGCGUGGGUAUCCUUGAAGCAGUGUCACUGCUGAUGAUGUUCAGUUGAUUUGUCUACCAAUAAAGACAGUUGUUGCUUCUGUUUGUCUUAGCUAAAACGUUCUCUUUCUGUGGAAGAAUGACCAUAGUUACCUGUUCACCACUCGAGUCUCAACAUUUGUGUUACUUUUUUUGUAAUUCUGUAUCUUAAGCCAUAACUGAUGUUACCACUUUUAAAUAAAUCUGGAUUGGUGUAGGAACUCAACAACAGUUGCAAAAAAUAAAUCCCCAAAUGCUUUUUCUCAUGCUAAUGACCCUGCAGAAUGAAAUGUGAAUCUUUUUUGCUGAAGAAAUAUAGUUCUGAAUACUUCUCUUAGCCUUUAAAAAUAAAGUAUGGUUUUGAAAAAUAAAGCUUUUUGGGUUUGUGUAACUUUCUGAUGAAACUUAUUUUGCUUAAAUUAAAUGUGGAAGUGCUUCAAUUGAACUGUAUAUAUAACUUGUGAUUUAAAUUGGAACUAAAUUCUUAAGGGCUUGUCUUCAUGACCAAAUGAACUCAAGUUAUGAUUGAGUGUUGCAGUGUGCCCGGGCUUUUGGUCAUGCUCUUCAUCUCCUGCUCUUAAGAGGAGAUACUUGAAGUAGGUCACCCCUCAGUACAGGCUGAGACCGGACUUCUUCAUUCAGGCUGGUGCGUAUGUGCUCUGCAUGACUUAGAACAUCUUAAAUUUAUUCCCUGCGGUUUCCAGUUACUCCAUCUUAGCUAUUUAUAUCUGUCCGCUUGUGACUAGUCAAAAGUAGGAAGUUACCACUAGCUAGUAGAAAUGGUCGUAUCUGCGUCCUGCUUGCUUACACGUCAGUUGCCCUUACUCGGAGCUGAUUGACUCUGAUAAAAUUCUCCCCAAUUUCGUUGUUAGCACUAGCAAUGUAGCUGAAUUCUUGUGAUCAUUUGGGAAUGCACAUCCCAUACCUCCCUUGGUGUGCAGGCUUUUUUGUUUUUAGUGUUAUCUGUAAGUUAAUUGAGGAGAUUGCUGGACCUCAUCUCAGUUCCCCAAGUUGGCCUGUGGACAUCUAAGCAGCUAAACUUGUUUGAACAGAAGUGCCAGUGCAGAAAGUUAACUGCCCAGGAGAUGAGCAAAGAUGAUAAGUUCCAAAUGUAGGAUGUUCUUAGUUUCAGUGCUUGCUCCAGCAUUUACUGGCAGCUCCUUCAGGUUAUUUACUCUAUUGCAGCACAGAGUAGGGCUGGUUCUUGCUAAGUACAGUGGCAAUAAUCCAACUCAGCUGACAAUUUGACUCUAAAAGCUGCCGGCGUGUAUGAAUGGCUCAGCCAGCACAGUGUGGCACCGAGGUGCUGGCACGAGGUUUGGGUGUGCAUUUCUGCUAUUUGAGGACAGUCAUGUACUGCACUGUUUGGCCAGUCCGCUGCCACAGAUGAGAUGACCGGGUCUGCCGGAGAGUGUGAUGAGACACCUGCAGCUGACUGGUAGUAGAGGGUUAUAGCUUUGUUACUGUGUCUGUGAGUCUGAGUGACUUGUCUGUCUUAUGUGGUUCAGUUGCUGCCCCAAGGGAAAAUAAAUGUCAGGUUAGAUGCCGCUUCCAGACCGUACUACUUCACAGAGCCCUAUCGUAUAGUAAUGCAGAGAAUGUAAGGCUUGGUGCCUUUACCAGAUUUUUUUUUUUAAAUUCCUCUUGCUUCAGCGCUUGGCUAUGAAUAAAAGCCACUUGUCAAAGUGGUUUGUUCUGUCUUUGUUGGAAGGCAGUGAUCGGAUGGGCAGGAGCCAGACUGUCUCAAAGGGAGGUGGGAUAAGACUGGGCAGAGCAGUGAUAGGUCAGAGGCAGAAUGGGUCAAUAAAUUGAGUACUAAAAAGCCAUGUAAAGGUAAAAUCAUGUUGUAGAAAGAGCUUGUUGCAAGUGGCCAGCAGUAGUAUAUGUAGUUUAAAAUGUCUUUAAACGCCACUUUGUUCUUCUUGUUUGUUACCUUCAGGGCCUUUGCAUAAAGCUCAUACAAGCCACACUCUCCUAUAUGUCUGUGCAUCGCUUCCCUGUGAGAUGAAAGAGCAAAUGAUACUGUUACAGGAGCUUGUAGCAACUGCUGUCUGAGCAGAAUCCUUCACCCAAAGGGAUGCGAGAUUGCAGACCUAGCCAGGGUGAGGUGGAGUCAGGUCAGCUUUGGCACAUGCCUUUCUGUGGGUCGUGGCAUACUCCUGCCUGGAAGCGUUUGGAGACCCCUUGAAAUGCCACAGGGCAUCUAGGCUGAGGGAUGCUGCAGCGCUUUCAGGGUUGUAGGGCAAGCGGGUUGUUGGAAAGGUGGUAGAGGCUAGAGGGUUGUUUCCUUUCUUUGGCUGCAGGGUAGCCUGAUAGUGGUUGGCAUCGGUACAGAAGUGGAUUGGCAUCCUCGAGCAGGAUCAGAGCUUUGUAGAGGUGGGCCUCAACCUUACUUCAUACAUGAUGGAGUGAGGGUAGAAAAGUAAUUCUGGAUUACCAAAGAGCUGAAAUGGAAUAAAAAUGGCAACUUCCAACUGGAUGCAGAGACCACUACGUUGAGUACUGUAGGACAAGUCAUAGGAGGUCAGUAGUUACAAUACAAGCAAACGCAAACGUGGGGGAAGCAGGAACAGUUUUAAUGUGACAAAGAGAUGAAGCAGGUCAGGUGGUGGCUGCUGGAUCUGUGCUAUGGAGCAACAAAAAGAUUCAGGUGACUUUGGGCUACAAAUAGUUGAUCAGCUUGUGAAUCAGAGCUUAGGUAAGCCACAUUCUCCUGGUGUGGUCCUCACAAACAGGAACUUUAUGUGAGACAAACUUCCUUCACCCCCACUGACUGGAGGUCCUAUUGAAUGUAAAUACUGAGGACUUUCCUGUAAAUCUGAAUCUUGAUGACUAACCAAAUCAAGAUGUUAACUUGUAACCUUGCUAACAAAGUGUUAUUACUGUACCUGUCUUUGAUGUACAAAUACACUUUUGAAAUGUAUAUUCUAGAUGGAUGGUCUCAGACAAGCUUGAGAUCUUGUCAAUAAAUAAAUGUAUUUGCAGAAUG